AUGCCGGCGGUCAAGAGGGAGCUCCCGGGCCGCGAGGACCUCGCGCUGGCCCUGGCCGCCUUCCACCCCGCCCUGGCCGCGCUGCCAUUGCCGCCGCUGCCCAGCUACCUGGCGCCGCUGCCCGGCGCGGCGGCCCUGCCCCCGGCCGCGUCCCUGCCCGCCGCGGCUGCGGGCUACGAGGCGCUGCUGGCGCCGCCGCUCCGCCCCCCGCGCGCCUACCUCAGCCUGCACGAGGCCGCCCCGCGCCUCCACCUACCCCGGGACCCGCUGGCCGUCGAGCGCCUCUCGGCCCCCUCGGCGGCCGUGCCGCCGGACUUCCAGCCGCUGCUGGACCACGGGGAGCCGUGCAUCGAGGUGGAGUGCGGCGCCAACCGCGCGCUGCUCUACGUGCGCAGACUCUGCCAGGGCAGCAAGGGCCCGUCCAUCCGCCACCGCGGCGAGUGGCUCACGCCCAACGAGUUCCAGUUCGUGAGCGGCCGCGAGACGGCCAAGGACUGGAAGCGCAGCAUCCGCCACAAAGGAAAAAGUCUGAAGACGCUGAUGUCCAAGGGCAUCCUGCAGGUGCACCCCCCCAUCUGUGACUGCCCGGGCUGCCGCAUCUCUUCCCCGGUGAACCGGGGACGGCUGGCAGACAAGAGGACAGCCGCUCUAACGCCAACACGGGUCCUCAAAAAAGAGCGGAACCCCAGCUUCUCUGCCAGCGACGGGGACAGUGAUGGCAGUGGCCCGGCCUGUGGGCGUCGGCCAGGCUUGAAGCAGGAAGAUGACCCCCAUGUCCAUAUCAUGAAGAGAAGAGUCCACACACACUGGGACGUGAACAUCUCCUUCCGAGAGACCUCCUGCAGCCAAGACAGCAGCCUCCCCACCCUCAUCUCCAGCGUGCACCAUAGCCGCCACCUCGUGAUGCCCGAGCAUCAGAGCCGCUGUGACUUCCAGAGAGGCAGCCUGGAGCUCGGUCUGGGACCCGCAGGUGACCUGCUGGGCAAGAGGCUGGGCCGCUCCCCUCACAUCAGCAGUGACUGCUCUUCUGAGAAGAAGGCCCGAGGCUCCUCCCCUCCAGAGGCCCUGCUGCUGCCAGAGCUGGGGCCCAGCAUGGCCCCGGAGGACCACUACCGCCGCCUCAUGUCCGCCCUGAGCGAGGCUGGCGCCUGCGAGGACCCUCAGCGGUUCUACCACUUGGGUCUCCCCAGUCACGAUCUCCUGAGAGUUCGGCAGGAGGUGGCCGCCGCAGCCCUGAGGACUCCCAGCGGCCUGGACGUCCACCUGCCUUCAUCCCCCGCGGGCCAGCGCCGGAAGCAGGGCCUCGCUGCGCACCGGGAGGGCACCGCCCCCGCUGCUGCCCUGUCCUUCUCCGACAGGGAGCUGCCGCAGCCGCCCUGCUUGCUGUCACCCCAGAAUGCCCCUCACAUCGCCCUGGGCCCGCACCUCAGGCCCCCCUUUUUGGGGGUGCCCUCGGCUCUGUGCCAGAACGCAGGCUACGGCUUCCUGCCCCCCGCCCAGGCAGACGUGUUGGCGCGGCAGCAGGAGCUGCUACGGAAGCAAAGCCUGGCCAGGCUGGAGGUGUCCGCGGAACUGCUCCGGCACCAGGAGCUGGAGGGCGCGUCCCGGCCGGAGCUGCUGGCGUCCGAGGCCGCGCUGCGAACCCCGGAGGGCGCCGACGAGCUGCAGCGGCGCGGGGCGCUGCUGGUGCUGAAGCACAGCGCGGCGCCGCUGCUCGCCCUGCCCCCCCAGGGGCCCCCGGGCCCCGGGCCUCCCAGCCCCCCGCGGGAGCCCGUUCGUCGCGCCCCCCGGAAGGGAGGCUCGGGUCUCGGUGCUCCCAAGUCCAGCGAGCUCAAGGACGUCCCAGGGGCUAGACUCUGGGCUCAAGACGGGUCCGAGGAUGAGCCCCCCAGGGACCCGGAUGCGGAGGACUCGGAGGCCGCCAGCGCUCCGGGCUCCUCCGCCGGCCAGGCCGGAGCCGGAAGGAUUGGCGCCGAGGGGAAAGGGCUGUUCUCAGGGUCAGCGCUGCCCUUGGGCUUCCCCUACCUCCACACAGGCGCCAUGGGGAGCCUGUGUAUGGAUGGGGACGAGGCCACCACCUCUGAGGACGUCAGCAAGUGGACAGUGGAAGAUGUGUGCAGCUUUGUCGAGGGCCUCUCUGGCUGCAGCGAGUAUGCCAGGGUCUUCCGCGAGCAAGGGAUCGAUGGGGAGACCUUGCCACUGCUGACUGAGGAGCACCUGCUGACCACCAUGGGGCUGAAGCUAGGCCCCGCCCUCAAGAUCCGGGCACAGGUGGCCCGGCGCCUGGGCAGACUCCUCUACAUGGCCAGUUUCCCUGUGGCUCUGCCGCUGCAGCCACCAACCCUGCAGGGCCCGGAGCCAGAACUCCCCACCUCCCCAGCCACCACCUCUCCCCCUUACGGGGGUGCCCAGCCCCCUACUGGCCUUGCUUCCCCGAGGCAGGAGAAUGGAUCUGGAACCCUGGACCCUGCCCAGACCCUGUGCUGAGCAAACGGCAGGAGCUCCCCAGCUCCCCCUUCCCCAGCUUAAUAUUUCAGUUUUGAAUGCAAAAAGACA